AAAAUUGGUACAUUAAAUAUGGCCCCGCGAAAUGCUAAACAUGACUUCAUAAAAACGGAGUAGAAUAAGCAAGUUGUUGUUGAUGCAAUAACACACAUGAUUUGGCAUUAUACUGUGCACUGUUUCGUACCAUACAUCGUCUGUGCUUAUAAUAAUAAUCGAUCAGCUAAUCAUGGACGAAGUCGAAGAUCUCUUAUAUAUUUGUGAUUAUAAAAAUUUAGAAAGUAUUUUUUUUCAAAAAUUUAUAUAUAAUAAAUUGUUACCGUACUCAGAAGACUUAGGUAAAGAAUCAGAAAUUUUGUUAGCUGAAAUUAAAGCAAAUUUAGGACGUGCUGUUAUAUUUCACGAAGUGUGGCCAGGUUGUUAUAUAUGGGUUAAUAAAUUAUGUCAUUACAUAAAGUUGUAUGGCUUAAAAUUUAGUAAAGAAGAUCAUAUCUUAUUCAUAAAAUUAUUAUUUGAACUUAUUACAGUUCCAAAAAUACCAUCUGUUUAUACUUUAAAAUGUGUCAACACAUUAAUUUUAUUAUUAAUAAAAAAAAAAUUAAUAUCUCCUGAUGAAUUAGAACUUCCAUGGCGACCUCUUUAUGAAAUGUGUGUCAGGAUGAAGGACACAAAAGGAAGUCGUCCAGAAAUGUAUUGCUACAAUAAUGCUCAUAAAGUUGCAAUGCAAGGUCUGAUUCGUUGUGCAAAAAUUUAUUUUCCAUUAAGUGCAACACAGGAAAUAUUGGAUGAAUUGAGGCCAACUUUAUGUCCCCUUAACUUUCCAAUAAUGUACAAAAGUUUGCAAAUGUUGCGAUCGUUUUUACCAGUACAGUUACCACCUAAGCACCAUUCAAUUGGAUAUGAAUUAUGGUUUGAUGAAUUUAUGGCAUUAUGGGAGGUUUGUCAUAAUGUCCCAGAAUGGGAAACAAAAAUGAUGGAUUUAAUGGCAUCAUUAGCUAAUUGUAAUAUUGGAUAUAUUAAUUGGGAACCAUAUAUUCCACUGAUGUUCACUAGAUUUAUGCAAGGUUUAAAGUUACCAGUAUCAUAUAAUAAAUCACAAAAAUAUAAACAUCAUGGUGUAGAUGCAACUUCCAUAGCAAAAUGGAUAGUAGCAGUUUUGGGAAAUAAAUCAAAUGCUCAAAUACAUCUUGAAAAAUUUUUGAAAACUAUAGAAACAUAUUUUCAUCCUGUAAAUAAUGGUUGGUGGUUAGCAAUAUUAAAAGAAAUUCUUCUAAAACUUUCAUUCUACUUUAUUACACGUUUGAACAGAGAACGGUAUGCAAAACUAACAUGGGAAACACCUAUUCCUGAAAACUACAAAUUAACUGAUAGUGACAUUGACUCAUUUGUUAAAAGCAUGUUGCCAGUAACUACAGUAGCUAUGUUUAACAAGUUGAGUAUGAAUGAGGCUCUUGAGGCAUUGCAAUACCUUAGCAGUAUGAGACCCAAUUUGGUUAUUCCACAUGUCUUGGAAAAAAUAUCUUCAACAUUAGAUUCUCCUACAACAGAAUCAUAUAAAUUGAUUGCUGCAAUGGUUGGUAUGGAAGCUAUAGCUAGACCAUUAGCAGAAGGUUCUCAGAACAUAAAUGAAGGUUAUACAUACUCAGAAGGGCCAACGCACAUAUUACCAUUGCUCACUUUACUCUUACCUAACAUUGAUCCAAAUGAUCCAGAAAAAUGUUUCCUUGUUUUUCGUCUUAUUUUAGUUUAUGCUUCUUUUAUACCUAUUGUGGAUUCCUCUAAGUCAGUAACAGACGAAGAAGAAAGAAUGAAUGAUGAGGUAGCUUCUGGAUUUGAAGAUUUUAUUUUGCAGUUUCUUGACAAAAUAUUCUCUUUUAUAGACUAUAGUUCUUUAGAGUCAGUUAGACUGGAAAACAUUUCUGGUAGUAAAAAAAGCAAGCUAGAAAAUCUCAUAGAAAGUGUGUUCUCUGACGUAUGCAUGGUUUUGUUAAUGCAAAUUAAGGAUACAACAUUUGAACGUGCUUUACAUAAAUUACGUAUAUUUAUCACUGAACGUAUACUCGAAAUUAACGUUGCUGGACAGUUAGCUGGUGGCCUGUGCAGGGUAUUUGCUCGUGUUAAUGGCAAAGAAACUUUGCGAAUUUUGUUACCAGUACUUUCACAAACUAUUUUAAGUAUCACGAGUGAAAAUAACGAUAUUACUAAGGAAGAUAAUUUGGACGAACGUCUUUUACAUGUAAUGCUGUUGUUAUCUGCAACUGUUAAUACAACAGGAAACAAUUUACUACCACAUAUAGAAACAUUGACAACUGUUCUUGAUCACGUACUAAUUUUAAAAUCAAAGGAAGGAAACAAUUUAGCUUGUAUGUUAUUAAAUACUAUUUUUCGUUCCUUAUCUACUAUGGCGCCAUAUCAUUUUGAAUCUACUGAUAGAAUUCGAUACUGGGCACAAAUUUUGGAUAUUAACAGUUUGAACGUCAAGUGGUAUAUUCCUGGUAAAGAAGAAAUGGAUGUAAUAAAGCGAAUAUUCUCAAAAUAUUUAUUGCCUGAAGUGAGUAAGCUGGAAGAAUACUGUGAAGAUUGCAGCAAAUUAACAUGGGAAGAAUUAUUGAUUAGUUUAAAUAUUGUAAGCAACAUUAUUAAAGGCUGUGAAUCUGUUUUACCCAUGUGGGAAGAAGAACCAUUAAGUUUGAUGGAGUCAUCUUUAAGGUGGCUACCUUUUGUACCAACACUUGGUAUGAAGGAAAAACUAUUAAUGCCAGAUAACAGUAAUGUAAAACGUUAUAUGGUAACUUUAAUGAGUAAACUGCAAGAUGUAAUACUUAAGAAUACAGACGGCGGUACAAAAUGCCUACGUGUUUUAGUAAAGAUUUGGAGUAGUCUUUUAUUAGGAACGGGUUCUUCGUUUAAUAUGUCAAUAACAAGAUAUAAAGAUUUGAAAAGUAUGUGUAGAGUAAUGGAAGAUAAAUUAGUAAAGAAGAAAGGACUUAUAGGGUGUUGUAUAUUGUUGCGUGCAGAAACUCAACAUGCAACACGUUCAUAUCUACGAAUUGUUAAUUUAACACAAACUCAUAAAGAAAUAAUGUUAAAACUUUUUAUAUUGGCUACUAGUAGAUAUGCUAGUAUACAAUGUCAAGCCCGAUGCGUUCUUUCACGCGCUUUUCAACAUAUUCCCUUUACUUGGAAAAUUAUUGUACCAAAAGUGCUUGACAUAUUAGGAGAGGAUCCUGAAGAAAAUAAAGAGGCAUAUAAGGGCGUUUUACAUAUUUUACUUGAUUCACAAGAAAAUCCUAUCUUGAUGAGACACGAUUGGAAUACACUAAGAUCUCUGUGGUCUGCCUUGGUGCUUUCCAAACCAUCCGAAGAAUUGUCUAUAAUACGCUUGAAGAAUGAUUUAGUAAAAUUUAUAAAUAGCCAGUUUUCAACGGUUGCUAUUACAUACGAAAUGUCAAACGUAUGUUUGACAAUUUCAACUGAUUUAUGGAAAACUUAUCCACGACCUAAUUUACCUCAACCUUGUGAAGAUGAAAUUACAAAAGGUUUAAAAAUAAUACAAAUGUUUAAUGAAACUAAUUUAGCCUCUUACAAAGGUUUAGUGUCGGAUUUGCUAAAUGCUCUUCUGGAAAAAAAUUUGCACUGGAGACAUCGUUUAAUGGCAUUAGAUUUUAUUCGACAUUUGGUGCAUCCUGAACAAAUAUAUCCACCAGAAGUAGUUCGUUAUUUCGUAGAAACAUUGAUACACGAUUCAUUAAGCGAAAGAAAUAUUGCUUUUCGGGUAGUUACAUGUAUGUUGCAACAACAAAAAAGAGAACAUCCAAAGAUAACCAUUGACUUACCAAUAUCAUCAAAGAAGGAUGAAUCAGAGAAAGAUCAAUGUAAGAAGUUCAUACUUGGACAAAGACCAGAUAAUGCUUGGCUUCAGUAUAAUUAUGAAACCCGACCUUUGACCACAGAGCAAUGGGAUGAACCUAGAUUUAUUCACCAGCCCUAUAUCGGGUAUUAUACAUGGCCAAAAGACAUAAAAGUUUAUGCACCAUCAGAUAAACAACCUUGUUUAGAUCCAGAUUUACGACAAUUAACUAAUCAUGAGAUUGAAAUAGAUUCCUUUUUUAAUAAUUCAGAAAAUAUUAAAAAACUGAUCAAAUUUUACAGUCUUGAAACAAAAAAAGAUAAAGAUCAAUUUAGCAAAUACCUUUUUUUUAAAGGUCUCUUUCGUAAUCAUGGAAUAGUGUUUUUAAAACACUUUUUACCACAUUUAGAAGAAUUAGUGGUUGAUAAACAAGAAGGCAGUCAGAGAUGUGCAGCAGAAAUUAUUGCUGGAAUUAUUAAAGGUUCAAAACAUUGGCCAUUUAACAUGGUUUGUGAAAUGUGGGAUUCGUUAUUACCAAUUAUAAAGCUUGCUUUGAUUAAUUUGACUCCAGAAACUACUACCGAUUGGGUCAUUUGUUUUUCUAAAGCACAGCAAUAUAGAGACCCGAACAGACAACAUUGGUUAUUGGAAUGUUUAAUGGAAGAAACUUGUUUUGGCCAAUCAGAGUCAUCUUUUAUUGAAUGCGGACGUCUACAGACUUUGCGAGCAGUUCUUAUGAAACAGCCAUGGCGUGUUACAGCAUUAUUUCGACGGUUAUUGAAACAUAUUGAAGAUAGAUUAUUGGCAAAUCCGUUUGAUAAUGUGAGAGAGACACUAAGUUCUGUUUUAGUAUCAGUAUUUUGUGCAGACUUGAGAUCAUCGAAUACUUCAAGAGAUCAAUCAUUACCGCAAAUACAAGAUUUCUUGAAUAAAAUAGUUCCAAAAUUACAGCCUCUGGUUAAUGAUAAUGCAAUGAAAUCAAAUAAGGAACUAGAGACGUUGUCUGAACAAAUAUCUAUCGUUAAACUUGAUAAACAUUCAAAAAAUUCAGAAAUAAGUGAAGAUGAAAAACAAAGAUCAAUACGAUUACUUACAACAGUUUGUAAUAUGAUUACAAGAAUAGAUUCUUUACUAUUUCUAUUGCCACCAGAAUUUUAUCAAAUAUUUCCAAUUAUAUAUCAAUUAGAAAAUUGUGCAACAGAUGAAGAAUUGAAAAAAUCAUGCAAAUCUGCUUUAGCAGUUUAUGCACAAUCAUUUACCUUACCGCGUAAUGUACCAAUAGCUUUAGAAGCGAUAGAAAAAAUGUCAAAACAUACAUCUUGGUGGACAAGAUCUGCUUGUCUGGAACUUCUUCAAACAUGGGUAUUUCAUAACAUGGGUACAUUAUUAAGCGAUUUAUCGUGGAUCAAUUGUGUCAAAGACAUCGUUUUACGUUUGUUGGAAGAUGAACGAGUAGAAGUUAGAAAAACUGCUGGUAAAGUUCUUAGUGGACUCUUGCAUUGUACAUUUAUACCUGAUCAAGAAUGUCUGCUGGAUGAAUUUAAGAAAAAGGCAAAAACUAAACUGUACAAGGAAGGGCGUUCAAAAAACAUUAGUGAAGACAAAAAAAGGAUUUUAAAAACUGACGCCAUACGUAUUCGUCAUGCAGCUGUAAUAGGAAUGUGUGCAUUCAUUCAAGCUCAUCCAUAUGAUGUACCCAAACAUAUACCUCCAAUUUUUGAACAUCUUAGUCCUCAUAUUACUGAUCCACAACCUAUACCGAUGACAAUUAAGAAAACUCUUGACGAUUUUAAAAGAACUCAUGGCGGAUGGAGAAAUAUGAAGGAAUAUACACAACAUUUUACAGAAGAGCAAUUGACUACAUUGCAAGAUUUGAUGAUGCCACCUUCUCAUUAUGUUUAACAAAUAUCUAAAUUUGUAAUAGUAAUAAUAAAAUAACAACUGGACAUGUCAUUAAUAUUGUACUGUAAAAACGUAA